GACAUGAUUUGCAUUAAACACACUCAAAGACUACACGUAGCAACAGUUUACACCCUAAAACGAAAUUGCCAAGAUUUCUCAACACAAAAACAACUACAACGAAGGUCAUUCGAGCCGGUCAAGAUGAGUUGGAUGGACAGCUGGAGUCGACCCUCCAAAUCGCAAGCAACACCAGCACCUUUCUACUUAUUACCCGGAGGCGAAGCAACUCCGUAUUGUCAUUCAUGCGGCAGAGUGAUUAGUACGAGGCGAACUACCGCGACAGCAAAUACCAAUACGCCAGCCAAGUACUGCUCGAGCCGAUGUCGCACACAGAAGCCCGGAAAGCUGGACCGCGAGCUGGAGAAAGCCUUUGUGAAAUUAUUGACGGCCGAAGAGAGCACAGCAGAUGAGGUAAAGAAGCAGGCAAAAGGUGGCAAGCAUAAGAAAGGGAAGAACAGCAAAGGCGACAAUCGCAUCUUGGUGCCAUGCAGCGCAGCAGAGGAACUUGUCUUUGGACCGAACCGAACGUCAAUGGAGGGAGAAAUUGAACAACAUGAUAGCGACGAGGAGGAAGCGCAAGGAUUGGAAUAUACGCAAGCGCCAUCGGAGCCUCGAUCAUCAGAAGACAUGGACCUCUCAGGCAACAUCAAAGACGACAAUCACAUCGACGGGGACGUUCUGGCCCGCAUGUCAGUCCGCAGUGGCACUCGCAUCCGUCCACCUCAAUCCGUAUCCGAAGUCAACGGCAGUGUCGGCGGCGAAAAAGGCCGAGCAGAACGUAUCCACGAGACAGACGCGAUGCUCGAGAAGCGAAAACAAGGACAGAAACGCGCGAAGGAACGGGAAAUGACAAAGUGCGCUGCACGACGAGGUGUUGUUUUUGGGUUCACUGUCAGCGACGAAGGAGAGAAACGACUUUGUGAGGCAGUCAUGGCGGGAAAAAUCGUGGAGCCGAGCUUUGCAAAGGGGGACUGGGCGAUAAGAUGGAGAGAAUGAGAUUGCUCGGACUGUUGGCUCAUGUAUCAGAUAUGGUUCGGGCCGACAGGAGUCAAUAAAGGUGCUGAUUGUGACGGAUUGACAAUGUUCAUGACGCGCUUGCGAUAGGGAUCGACGCCCUUAUCACGAUCCAAGCGUUGAUGACAAGGCACUCUAGAGCGAAGAAGGAAAGGACACCGCCCAUUUGUAACACCGGUUCAUUGAUUCACCAACUAAUCUGCUGAGUAACGAAUAUGAGUGGUUUUACUGGUAGAUCAAGCAUCGUCUUGACUUCAGUUUCGAC